AUGCAUCGUCACAUCAAGGUCAGCUCACGUCUUGCACCACAGAUCUACCUAGGGCAUAUUUACUGCACUAGUAGCACCAACUCUACUUCAAAAGCGGUGGUGGUCAAGCAUUCUGGUCAAUUACAGCGAGAUAACGCGACUGGCCGCCUUCAAGGCCCGUGGAAAGAGUGGCAGGCGACGCGACAAUUGCGCAGCAUUGCUGAACGCCACCCAAACGUCGUACAAGUCUUUGACACGUUUGUGCGAAACUCGCAUGUAUUUAUUGUCAUGGAACACUGCACGCGCGGUGAUUUAUUGACUGAUCUAAUGGCUACACAGCCUGAAAGUCGCCUUGACCAACAGCACGCACUGCGUAUUGUAUCGCAUCUGGCGAGAGGCCUCCAGUUUCUACACGAGACGUGCAAUAUUGCACACCGUGACGUGUCGCUCGAGAACGUCUUUGUGACUCACGACGAGGUCUACAAGAUUGGCGACUUUGGACUCAGCACCCGAGCAGACACGAGAGCGAGUGGGUGCGUGGGCAAGACGCAGUAUGUGGCUCCAGAGGUUGUUGUGGAGACAAGCUAUGAUCCCGUGACUGCAGACGUCUGGUCGCUGGGGAUUCUACUCUUCAUGCUGCUGACUGGAGCCCCACUGCUCGAGUUUGCGUCACCUGAUAAUCCCGAGUUUGAGACGAUCAAGACCAUGGGCUGUUGCGGUGUCAUUAGGUCGUGGGGAAUGGACACUCAGCUCUCCACUUCUGUUAUGAAUUUGUUAUCCAAGAUGCUGGAAUUUGAUCCCAUAAAACGUCUGCAGAAUAUGGCGCAAGUGCUCAGUCAUCCGGCAUUGCUCGCUGCAAUUUGUCAUCAAGAAUCGUCCUCAUGA